GAAGUAUGAAGGAGAUGGUGGGAGGCUGCUGUGUGUGUUCCGACGAGCGCGGCUGGGCGGAGAACCCGCUCGUCUACUGCGACGGCCACGGCUGCAAUGUGGCCGUGCACCAAGCUUGUUAUGGAAUUGUCCAGGUUCCCACCGGCCCCUGGUUCUGCCGGAAAUGCGAAUCCCAGGAAAGAGCCGCCCGGGUGAGGUGCGAGCUGUGUCCCCACAAGGACGGAGCCCUGAAGCGCACAGACAACGGGGGCUGGGCCCAUGUGGUGUGUGCCCUGUACAUCCCCGAGGUGCAGUUUGCCAACGUGCUCACCAUGGAGCCCAUCGUGCUCCAGUACGUCCCCCACGACCGCUUCAACAAGACCUGCUACAUCUGCGAGGAGCAAGGGCGGGAGAGCAAGGCGGCCUCGGGGGCCUGCAUGGCCUGCAACCGCCACGGCUGCCGCCAGGCCUUCCACGUCACCUGUGCACAGAUGGCCGGGCUCCUGUGUGAGGAGGAGGUGCUGGAGGUCGACAACGUCAAAUACUGUGGCUACUGCAAAUACCACUUUAACAAAAUGAAGACCUCGCGCCAUUCCGGGAGCAGCUCCUUCCUCCCGGGCAGGAGGAGCCGCUCGGCAUCCCCAGCCCAGGAAAAGCACCUGUCCCACCACGAGCGGCCAAAAAAAAGCCGCAAGGACAAGGAGAGGCCGAAGCAGAAGCACAAAAAGCGGCCGGAGUCCCCCAGCAGCCUCCCCCCAGCACCCGUGGCCGUGGCUGCCGAGAAGGGCUCUGGUGGCCACCAUGAGGCCACCAAGGAGAGCUCGGAGGUGGCCAGGGCAGAGGCCAAGGGCAGGAAAUCCUCGAGCCACAGCAGCAGCCACAAGGGGAAGAAGACAGGAAGCGGGAAAAGCUCCGGAGGCUUUGGAUCUGCCCCAGCUGGGGGAACCUUCCAGACGACCGGCUCCUCCUGUGGCCUGCCUGGCUCCCAGGACUUCGCGCCCUUCCCCAAGCUGGAGCAGGAGGACGAGAAGUUCCGCAAGGCCGCCAGCUCCAGCUCCUCCUCGCACUGCUCGCCACUCUCCGAGGGCCCCAAGGCCGAUGUCUUCGAGCAGAAGGUCAUCUUCUCCGGCUUCGGCUCCAUCAUGCGCUUCUCCACCUCGGCCGUGGGCCAGCCGCGAGCCCGCGACGCCUCCCCCGUGGACUACAAAGCCUCCAGCACCCUCGGUGGCCCUGCGGGUGGCACGGGUGGCACGGCUGGCGCCGCUGGGAGCGGCCACAAGCGGUUGCCGUCGCUGGGCGCCGAGGAGGGAGAGGUGCUCAAGGAGAAGAAGCACAAGGGCAGCAAGAAAAACAAGCAUGGCCCUGGCAGGCCCAAGGCGGGCAAAAGCAAAGAGGUUUUGGGGGCCCAGCUGGCUGGAUCCACCUCCACCUCCUCCUCUCCCUUUUCCGGGGGAUCCCUCGUCAGCUCCAGUGUCGGGAAUUCUUCCCGGAGCUUCAGCCACCCCGGGAGUGUUCCCAGCCUCAGCAUGGAGUCGCCACUGCUGGGCUCAGGGAUCUACACGAGCAACAAGGACCCGAUCCCGCUAGGCGCGGCGCUGCGGGCGGUGUGCAGCACGCCGCUGCCCUCGGGGCUGCUCCCGCACCAGGGCGGCGCCGCCCUGCCCCAGCUCAGCCGCUCGCCCUUCGCCAGCUCCCUGCCCGCCUCCUCCUCCGCCGGCUCCACCACGCAGGUGUUUUCCCUGGCGGGUUCCACCUUCAGCCUCCCUUCCUCGCACAUUUUCGGGAGCCCACUGACAUCUGGGCUGUCCCUGAACCCCCUCCUGAGCCAGCCGGAGAGCAGCCGGGCAGAGCCCGACUUGGAGGAUUGCGGCUUCGGCUGCCGAGGGACGUCCCCGCAGGAGAGCCUGUCCUCCAUGUCCCCCAUCAGCAGUCUGCCGACCCUCUUCGACCAGACCGUGUCAUGCAGCAGCAGCGGGCAGCUGGACAAUGUCCCGCAGGCCACCCCCAACAUCGAGCAGCUCCUGGAGAAGCAGGGCAAUGGCGAGGCCGGGGUGAACAUUGUGGAGAUGCUGAAGGCACUGCACUCGCUGCAGAAGGAGAACCAGCGGCUGCAGGAGCAGAUCAUGACGCUGACGGCCAAGAAGGAGCGGCUGCAGCUGCUCAAUGUCCAGCUGUCCGUCCCCUUCCCCGUGGUCACCAGCAGCAACGGCCCGGGCAGCCAGGCCCAGUACAUCCUGCCUGCCAACGUCUGCGGUGGUGACUCCCUGAGCAUCAGCAAGAGCCCCCCGUGCAAGAACAGCUUCGGCAUCGAGAACUCGCUCUCCACGUCCUCCGAGGACCCUCACUCGGGCUGUCCCAGCAGGAGCAGCUCCUCCCUGUCCUUCCACAGCACCCCCCCGCCCCUGCCCAUGCUGCAGCCCAGCCCCGCCUCGCUGCCCCUGCCCGGGGCGCAGCAGGUGAACGGCCUGGCCAGGGCGGCGGGCGGGGGGCUGGCCGGAGCCUCGGGGGGCAGCCACGGCCUCUCGGCGGUGCCUAUGGUGGACGGCCUGCUGGGCAGCCUGGCCGGAGCCCAGCAGAUGCCGCUCAACGGGAUCCUGGGGAGCCUGAACGGAGCGCAGCCCGCCCCGCCUCCGAGCGCGGCCCCGGCCCUGCAGCUCUCCACCAGCCUGAGCAGUGUGGCCAGCCUGAGCCCCCUGACGGAGCAGCAGCGGCACGUCCUGCAGCAGCACGAGCAGCAGCUGCAGCAGCUGCAGCAGCUCCUGACUUCCCAGCCACUUAACCCGGAGCAGCAGGCGCUGGUGUUCCAGAUGAUGCAGCAGAUCCAGCAAAAGCGGGAGCUGCAGCGGCUGCAGAUGUCGGGCUCGUCCCAGCUGUCCCUGCUGGCCGCCACCUCGGCCCCGCUGCACCCCAGCCCCAGCGCGCUGCUGACCUCGGCCGCGCCCAGCGGGGGCUCCCUGCUGGCCUCGCUGUCCCCGCAGCAGCUGAACCCCGGCGGGGCCCUGCUGGCCCCCCAGGCCACCCCCCCGCUGGGCUCGGGGCCGGCCAUGGCCCCCAACCCCUUCCUGAGCCUGCAGCCCGACGGCAGCACCCCAAAAGGAACGCCCCUGGGUGACAAGGGCGCUCCCCUGGCGCAGGACAAGGGCUAGGAGCCCCCCGGCCCCGAGACCGCAGCCAAUCCUCUCCCGGGGACCACGGCUUCCCCGCGGCACCGGCAGAGCCGGUGCUCCCAGGAGCGGCCCAGGAGGAGCCUGGGGAGCCACAGUGGCAGAUGCCAGCGCCCCAAUGCCACCAGGAGUGAAGGUGGGGUCACCUGUCCCCUGCUCCAUGUGCCAGAGGGGACUCCAGUAGAUCUUGCCAGGAGCGUGGGGAGCGCCCACAGUACCAGAGACCCCCCAGAGCCUCGGGGAAGGACGUGGUGGCACCUAGAGGUGCCCAAGAAUGGGACUCUCAAUGUGGAACUGCCAGGGAAGGACAUGGUGGCGCCUGGAGGUGUCCAAGGAUGUGGCCCUGGAUGUGGCAGUGCUGGAGAAGGGACAUGGUGGCACCUGGCAAUGUCCCAAGAGCCAACACUGGAUGUUGCACUGCUGGGCAAGGAUGUGAUGUCACCUGGUGGUGUCCAAGGAUGUGGCCCUGGAUGUGGCACUGCCAGGGGAGGACGUGGUGGCCGUACCCAGGUGGGGACGUCCAGAAGAAUUCCCAAGCUGAGGUUUCCCUGCUUUUCCCACUGGGCUUUGCUCCAGCUGGAGGAUGAUCCAACCUGGAAGGACAGAUGGAUGAGGAUGGACAGAGGUGGGCAGGAGGUGGCACCACCUGGGAGGACGUUGUCACCUGUGCCAGCUGCCGGAGGGGAGGGGCUGUCCUUCCCACCCAGAAUUCCCAAAGAAGGCCGAUGUCUCAGCUGGGGCCACAGCCAGAAUUGUCCAAGGUCAGGAGCUCCUGGACCUGGGAGAGGAAUACUGGACCAGAGUUUGGAGAUGAAAAUCUUUGUGGGGAGGAGAAUCCCAAAUGCGGUCCCUGCGUUUUCCCGCCCACCACAAAUCAUUCCCGCAAAACCAUGUUCUUCCACUGGUCCUGGGAAGAGGGAUCUCCAAGGAAUGGGACAGUGACCACAGUCCUGAGCCUGGGAUGGGAACUUCCACUGUUCCCCACCUUUUGACCUUGAUUCCAUCUCCAGUCUGGAAUAUCCACCGGGGAUCGGCUUCCUCUGAGCUGGGAUAGAUGGGUGGAAGGAAGGAAGGAAGGAAGGAAGGAAGGAAGGAAGGAAGGAAGGAAGGAAGGAAGGAAGGAAGGAAGGAAGGAAGGAAGGAAGGAAGGAAGGAAGGAAGGAAGGAAGGAAGGAAGGAAGGAAGGAAGGAAGGACAGACAGUCAGAGCAGUUCUGGGAAAGGGAACACCAACACCAAAUGCACCAAUGCCCCUCCUUCCCUCAUCCCUAGUAAAUCCAGGGCUCCUGGGAAUGCUCCAGCUGACGGAAACUCCUUUGGGAGGGCCCCAAAUCCCAAAUUUUGGGACCUUCAUGCACGUUCAGCACAUCCCCACUGCCCUUCCUGCUUUGCACUAUUCCCGUUAUCAGCAGUGGGGCUGUGCUGAACAUGCAGGCAAAGCUCGGCCCAGAAGAAAUCCUCCACUGAAUUUCCUUUUUUAAACAUUUAUUUUAUUUUAUUUUAUUUUAUUUGGUUUUUUUCUCUAAGAUUCACACCACAAGGGUUGUCUUAAAAAACAAAAACAAAAACAAAAACAAAACAAAAAAAAAAACCAAAAAAACAACAACAGAGAAAAAAAUAAUACCAAACCCUUUCUGCUCCCAGCUUGGAGCUCUGAACUGGACAGAGCCGCUGGCUGCUCAGAAAUAGAAAUAUAUAUUAAAUAUAUAAUGGGAUUUAUCUAUCCAGAGGUUAUAACGAGCUUAGGAAGCUGUUGGGGAGCCCCAUCCUUUGGGAUCCCUGUCCCCAAACCUGUUCUGGCACAAUUCUCUUCUUGCACUUUGAAAUUCCUUUGGAUUUUUCUCUUUUCCCCCCACCCCGAGUUGGGUCAUUCCCCCUUCCUUGGCAUCCCUGGCAUGAGGUGCCACCCAAAAUCCUCCUGGCACGGGGACCCCAGGUCCCCCCCCACCUCCCUCCUGAGGAGCCUCGGGCUUGGCAGCAAUGGUGAAAGAAAAUUUAGUCACAAACUGGGGCUAAAAUGUGGAAUUUUGGGGCUGUCCCCCAGCCUGUUUUGGUGUGGGGUGGCUGUGCCUGCCAUCCCGCAGAUCCUCAGGAUUUGGGAACAGCCAAAUCCCAGCUUUGGGCCAGCAGGAGGAUGGGCAGGGGGCUCUGCCAGCUGGGCGUGGUCAGGAGUUAGGGUUUAUUUUAUUUUAUUUUUUGCUUUUUAUCACAAAUCCCAAAUCCCCGCAUUGCUCUAGGAUCCCAAAUCCCUGCAUUGCUCUGGCAUCCCAAAUCCCUGGAGUGCUGCCUGCAGCCUCCAGCCCCAUCUGCAGCCCCAAAAACCCCAAAGUUGCCCAAAUGUCCCAGUUCUUGCAAAAUCCAGCCCUGGGGGAUUAAGAAGAUCCCUGUG